AACAUCUCCACCAUGCCGUCUGCCGUGAAACCCCCGCAAACCCUGUACGACAAGGUCUUUGGGGACCAUAUUGUCGAGGAAAAGGAGGAUGGAACAAUCCUGCUCUACAUUGACAGACAUCUGGUCCACGAAGUGACAUCACCGCAAGCCUUUGAGGGCCUCCGGAACGCCGGCCGCCGAGUACGAAGACCGGACUGCACCCUCGCCACAGUAGACCACAACAUUCCCACGACAUCGCGGAAAAACCUCACCACGACAGAAAAGUUCAUCGAGGAGACGGACUCGCGGUUACAAUGCAUGACGCUCGAAGAGAACGUCAAGGCCUUCGACCUCACAUACUUUGGCCUCGACGACAAGAGGCAGGGUAUUGUGCACAUUAUUGGGCCCGAGCAGGGCUUCACCCUCCCCGGAACCACAGUUGUCUGCGGUGACAGCCACACAUCCACACAUGGCGCUUUCGGUGCCCUCGCCUUCGGUAUCGGCACAAGUGAAGUCGAGCACGUUUUGGCGACACAGACCAUCAUCACACAGCGGAGCAAGAACAUGAAGGUCCAGGUCGAGGGCGAGUUGGGACCUGGCGUCGGCAGCAAGGAUAUCAUCCUGCACGUCAUUGGCAAGAUUGGCACGGCUGGAGGAACCGGUGCCGUCAUUGAGUUCUGCGGCUCGGCUAUCCGCGGCUUGAGCAUGGAGGCGCGCAUGUCCAUGUGCAACAUGUCCAUCGAGGGAGGAGCAAGAGCUGGCAUGAUUGCGCCAGACCAGACGACGAUUGAAUACCUCAAGGGAAGGCCUCUUGCGCCAAAAGUCGACAGCCCCGAGUGGAACAAGGCGUGCAACUAUUGGCUGAGCCUGAAGUCUGACGAGGGCGCCAAGUACGACAUCGAGGUCCUGAUCGAUGCAAAGGACAUUGCCCCCACUGUUUCUUGGGGUACCUCGCCCCAGGAUGUCGUUCCCAUUACUGGUGUGGUCCCUGGCCCCGAUGACUUCCAAGAUGAGGUCAAGAAGCAGGCGUGCGAGCGUGCGCUCAAGUACAUGGGCUUGACUGCGGGCACUCCUAUGCAGGAAAUUCCUCUGGACAAGAUCUUCAUCGGAUCUUGCACCAACGCUCGAAUUGAGGAUCUGCGCUCUGCUGCACAAAUUGUCGAGGGUAAGAAGGUCGCUUCCAACAUCAAGCGUGCUAUGAUCGUGCCUGGAUCUGGUCUGGUUAAGCAGCAGGCGGAAGCCGAAGGCCUCGACAAAAUCUUCACCGAUGCUGGAUUCGAGUGGAGAGAAGCCGGAUGCUCAAUGUGUCUGGGCAUGAACCCCGAUAUCCUUUCUCCCGGUGAACGAUGCGCUUCAACAUCGAACCGUAACUUUGAAGGCCGACAAGGUGCUGGCGGCCGAACCCACCUCAUGUCGCCUGCCAUGGCCGCAGCUGCUGCCAUUGUAGGAAACCUAGCCGAUGUCCGGAAACUCGCACCUCAAACCUCAGGACAGGCCAAGACCUCGCCAAAGAUCGAACUUGACGCCCAUGUGGAGGCCCCCAGCAGCGAUGAGGAAUUGGACAAAAUCAUGGACCAGCCCACUUCAGAGCCCCAACACACUGCUUCCAACACGGCCAGCACGGGAGGCGCCCCCUCUGGCAUGCCCAAGUUUGAAACACUCCGCGGAUACGCGGCGCCUAUGGAAAUCGCCAACAUCGACACCGAUGCCAUUAUCCCCAAGCAAUUCCUCAAGACAAUCAAGCGCUCCGGUCUCGGCAGCGCCCUCUUCCACGCUUGGCGCUAUGAUCCCGGCACCGACAAUGAAACCCCGUCAUUCGUCCUAAACAAGGAACCCUACCGCAACGCCAAGAUCCUAGUCUGCACUGGACCCAACUUUGGCUGCGGAUCCAGCCGAGAGCACGCGCCCUGGGCUCUACUCGACUUUGGCAUCAAGUGCAUCAUCGCCCCAUCUUUUGGUGACAUCUUCUUCAACAACACAUUCAAGAAUGGCAUGCUUCCCAUCCGCAUACAAGAUGCUGCCACCCUCCAGCGCAUUGCCGACGAAGCGAUUGCCGGCAAGGAGAUUGAAGUUGAUCUGCCUAACCAGGUCGUCCGCGCUGCUGAUGGCACCGAGCUAGCCAAGUUCGACGUCGAGGAGUUUAGGAAACACUGCCUUGUCAAUGGCCUGGACGACAUUGGCUUGACCAUGGCCAAUGUUGACAAGAUCGAGAAGCACGAGCAGAAGCGUACAGCCCUCUGGCCAUGGCUGGAUGGCAGCGGCUACCUGAAGAGACAUGGCCGUGGCCCAGUCAAGAUCCAGGCGCAGCCUGUCCCCAAGACAAACAGGGGAGAGGAGCUCAAGGAGCCGCUUGAGUGGUAGAAAGCAUGGCGUGUGGAGGAAAAAAAAGAAGUUUUAUCUUGGGCUUUUACUUUUGUGUUAUUUAGGCACGGUUCGAUUUUAACGUAUGAUUGACUGGAAUGCUGGGUGUUUUGGACAUGAGAUAAAAACCAGUUUAGGAAACUAGAUAAUGAAUGUUGAAUGAAAU